AUGUCUAGUGAGACUCAUGCUAAACUUGGAACUGUAACAGUUGUUGUAACUGAAAAACGCGAUCUUUCCGAUAAAUUAGGAGAUAGCCAUGUAAAUCUUUUACCCAGGAAGCAAGUACUAAUCGUACUUCUUGCAGUAUCAUUGGGAUUAUUCAUUUCCUUUGCUGAUCAAACCGGUGUUACUGUUGCUAUGUCUCAAAUUGGAAAAGAUUUAAACGCACAAACAACGAUCAAUUGGGCCGGAACAUCUUCAUUGUUAGCGAAUACAAUUUGCCAAGUACUUUUCGGAAGACUUUCUGAUAUCUACGGCAGAAAAUCCGUUCUUUUAACCUGCAUUGGAAUUUUAGCUAUCUCGGAUUUAGCAUGUGGCUUUGCACAAACUGGAGUUCAAUUUUUCAUAUUUAGAGCAUUUGCGGGAAUCGGGAAUGGCGGUGUUUCAUCUCUUUCCAUGGUUAUUUUAAGCGAUGUUGUCACCUUAAAGCAACGUGGAAAAUAUCAAGGGAUUUUAGGGGCAAGUGUUGGCGUUGGGAAUGCAAUUGGGCCCUUUAUUAUGUCUGCAUUUGCCAAGAGUUCCAGUUGGAGAAGUUUCUAUUAUACUUUAACUCCUAUCGUUGUACUUGUUGGAAUUUCAAUUUACUUUUUAGUUCCAGGAACAAGUGACUCGGAUAGAGUAUUAUCCUCAUCUGAAAAGUUGAAAACCAUUGACUAUUGGGGGAUUUUGUCAUCAUCUUCAUCAUUGACCCUUUUACUUGUGGCAAUUAGUGGAGGCGGUACAUCUUAUUCUUGGAAUAGUCCUCUUAUUAUAUCUAUGUUUUCAAUUGGAGGAGUACUUUUCGCAACCUUUUUGAUAAUUGAAUGGAAAGUUUCUAAAUUACCCAUGAUCCCAUUAAGAUUAUUUAAAAACCCACUGUUAUGUUUAAUUUUGGCGUCUAACUUCUUUUUCGGUAUGACUUACUAUAGUGUAUUGUUCUAUAUUCCCUAUUAUUUCCAAAUUAUUAGACAAAAUUCCGAAAUUGAAUCUUCAGUUUUCAUUUUACCGCUCGUUUUAUGUCAAGCACUUUUCUCCACAGUUUCUGGAAAUAUUGUUACUUAUACGGGUCAUUAUAUUUUCGUGGUUCUAGCUGGAUAUUCAAUUUGGUUAUUAAGUUGUGGACUUUUAAUUAUUUGGAAUGUUAACACCAAUUAUGGAGUAAAUGUUAUUGUUUUACUUUUGAUGGGAAUUGGUGUUGGGAGUACUUUCCAACCUACCAUGGUAGCUGCGCAGGCGCAGUCGAAAAAGGCUGACCGAGCAGUUGUUAUAUCCACAAGAAAUGUGAUUAGAUCUUUUGGUGGAGCUGUUGGUAUUGCCAUUUCUUCUACUGUUAUUAGCAAUACAAUGUACGCUAAAAUUGAACAAGGUUUAGUGAAUCCUGAACUAAUAGCCAAUAUUUCCAAAGAAUAUCUUUAUUACAUGAAAGAUCAUAUCUACAACCAGAUUGAAGUCGACAAACUUACCCCGACUCAAGUGGAAAUAAUCAAAUCCAUGUACAUGAACUCUAUGAGAAAUUACUUUUACUUAUUGCUGCCAUUUAUUGGUCUUUGUCUCAUAAGUUCGUUCUUCGUAAAGGAUAGAGGUUUACAAUGUAUUGAUGAGAUUAAUAUUGGUGGUAGAAAAAAUGUCGAGUCUGGAAUUUCUACAUCUACAUCGAGAACAAGUGCAAUGUCUUCCGUUUAG